AUGGGAAAUGCAUUAAAUGAUAUUGGUGAAAAUUACGACUUUAAAUUCAUUCAAAAGGUUUAACAUCCACUUUUUGGUCAAAUCGACAUUCUUGAAUGCCAAAUCUAAGAUUUUCCUGAUAUUGAACAAUAUAUGAGAGUUAUUCCAAAAUUAAUUAAUCAAGACUAUAUUGCCUUUAUUAAAAGGUACAUCAAAUUGUAGAAUCUUCAUAAACAUGAAAUGACCUCUCCAUUUCUUAUAUACAUCUCUAACAAUAUAUUUGAAUGCCCAUCACAUUCAUUAUUUGAUGAAAUCUAAGUAAAAAGACAGCAAGGAACUCAAUUUGCAGAAUCUGAAUUAUGGUACCUAGCAAAGAGCUUGAUCGCUGGAUACUCCAUAUAUCUUUAAAUUCCAGAACUAGUCAAAUAAACACAAUUAACACUACAUAAUAUUUUUAUAACCAAAAAAGGUCACAUAAAAUUAAGUUUACAUACAUUGUUUUUAAUAAAUGCAACUAACUUCAAAAAUCAAUAUAUUGAAGAAUCAUAAUAUAGUCAUAAGAUCAGCAAGGAGAUAGGGUUGGUUUUGCUUGAAGCCAGUUGUUUAUCAUUUGAAGAUAGUAUUAAAGUCAUGGAUAUGUAAUAUUCUAUUGAAUAUUCCAAUUUUGUUAAGGAUAUGAUUGGAGAUACAAAGUCAUUGUAGUAUUUCUAAAAUUAUCAAAUGAGCAAGAAGAUAUCAAAAACAAUCUAUGGGGAAUCAUAACUAAAGAAGACAGCAACAUUACUUGCUCAAUAGACUAAAUCAUUAAAAUAAUCUUAAAUCAUUGAGACAUAUCAUGUUAAAUCACCUGUCAAAACAGAUACAAAUCAAUUUGAUUAAGUCUCUAAAAUUGCAAGCAUCCCCGAGGUAAAUGAAUAAGAUUAAAAGAAAUCAUAACAAUUGGAAUUUUUUUCUGGUAGAAAAUCAACCCAACCUAUCCCAAAUGUCCAAUCUGAAAUUUAUUACCAUUCUAAAUAAUAAUCAUUAUAGAUUAAUGAUUAAUCGCCUUAAAUGAUUCAACAAUAACAGUUCUUCGAUCAUUAAAAUGUUUAAUAUAAUCAUAAUUAACCUGUAAUGCAAUAAUUAGAUGUCUUAAGUGAAAAGUUCAAUUAAAGAUUUUGGAAAGCUAUUGAUUAAGCAAAGAGAUAAGUCUUAAUUUAUGAAUAAAGAAGUAAAUAGAUAUAUUGA